UCUCCCGACCACGCCGAUCACAGCUGAUCCAUAACAAACGUAAACAAAACCAUCAAAGAUACCUAAAAAGACAUAAAAAGGCAUCUACCCAUAGGUAGAAACCCUUACAGGACAUAACGAGGACACGGCAAGAUGUCCUAUUACCAGCAAAAAGUGUGUAACAAAAUCCUCCAGGAGUAUUUCGGUGACAUAGUUGCCAAAGUAGGGCAGGUCUUGUUCCAGAGAGGAAGGAACCCGCUAAGAGUGAUCUGCGCCAACGCCAGACUCGCCCCCACCAAGGUGUCCCAGGCACUGGCAGUGCUAAUACAACACAACCUGGUCGUCUGGGAGGAGUGGAGGAGAGGAAUACCUGCCUAUACUCUGCUGCAUGACAGAGUACUGCUGAUUCUCAGGUUCCCCAGGUAUGUGUAUCUUGUGCGAGAACAGUUUGGGGAAGAGGCAGAGAUGGUGGUGGAUGUGUUGCUGAAGGAGGGACAAGCCACCGCCUCCCAUGUUAUAGUCACAUCUUCCCUCAAGUUGAUAGAAGCUGCUGAGAAUGCCCCCACCCCAGCCCUAACUUCAGAGAGCUUUGAUCAGCGCCACAUAUCCCAGCGUAACCAACUCCAACGGUUGAUAGAGGCCCAGUUUGUGCAGCGCUGUCCUACUCCUCAGAACGCUGACCAAGCUGUGCCUGUGCUCUCAAUCAAGGGGGAUCUGCUGUACAGCUUCCCCAAUGAUCUCCUGGACCUUAAGGCUCUGCAGCAAGACAUACAGCUUCGAGCCACCAACACCACCACCUCUACCACCACCUCUGCCGCUGCUACCACUCAGCCCAAAGUCACGCACCCUGAUGCCAAUGUGUUCUGGCGGUUGAAUUACGACAGGUUCCAUAUUGAGUUCAGGGACAGUGAGAUUUGCAACAGCAUAUCACGGCGAGUUGACCCUCUUGCUGGCGAGUGUCUGUCAGCAAUGCUCAAAAUAUCCUACUUAAAGAGCGAUCCCUGGGAUGCAUCUCUGAACCCUGUGAGUUUAGCAGAGGUCAGGGAGCAGCUGAAGGACCUAAAGCAUCUGGACCAGUACUUAAGGAUCCUGGAGGAGGAAACUGGGGGGUGUGUACGAAGGAUAGGAGAUGCAGGAGGGGGACAGUUUCGUGUUGAGCUUGGUGAGGCUUAUAGAAAUCUGACACACACACUAAUAUAUCAAAUUGUGGAGGAGAGAUUGGGUUCGAAAGCAGCUAGAAUUUUUCGACUGAUCCACAAGAAUGGAAUGAUGGAGCAAGACCAAGUGGCAGACUUAGCAAUGAUUAGCAAAAAGGAUGCAAACUUGAUAACAUUCCGACUCACACAAGACCAUCUAAUUCUCAUCCAUGAAGUUCGGAAAACACUUGCACCAUCCCCAGCUAACAAAAUAACAUACCUCUUCCACAUAGACAUGGAAGCUGUAGUCCGUAUGUGUCUAGACUGGACAUACAGAACAAUAUACAACUUAAUGGUGCAGAGAGAGAUGACACAGUCUGACAACUCAAGACUGUUAGACAAACGGAUGCGUGUAGAUUCAAUCGUGGAGAACUUGAGGCAGAGUGGAGGCACAGAAGAGCAGGUUAGAGAGGUGGAGGAGAUGAUGACCCCAGCAGAGGUACAGCAAGUGGAGAAGGUGUCAUCAACACAGGAUCGUUUGUUUGACGCAGAAAUUGGAUUAGACGAGACCAUUUUUGUGCUGCAGAUGUUCUUGUAUUACCAGAGGCAACAUGAUUGAUGUGUGUGUGUGUGUGUUUAAGUGAUCUUGUGAAAGUAUGGAAAGGUUUUUAUUGUUAUAUUUAUUUUAGUAUUAGGAAAAGUGAAUCCAGAGUAACUUAGUAAUUGGGGGUAUACUUACAUAUGGUGUUGCCACAGACUAUAUGCAAUGCCAAGUGUAAGAGAAGAUGUAUGUCAUUGUUCCAUCAUCAAAUCAAAAGGCAUUAAAAACAUUUAAUCAUAUAAAAACAUAAUUUUGGAAUAACUAAGGCAAAGGACUGCAAUAUGAUCAACAGAGGGAAAUUGACAUAUGUCUUUUGACUCUGAACAUGACAGCAAUGUGGGACAGGAACUAUCUGUCAACACACAAAGUGGAUUCACUACAAUUUUCAUAAAAAAUAAAUAUAUAUAAAUAAAAAAAAAAAUUAUAAUAAUAAUAAUGUGAAAGGAAGCCACAAUAUAUAUGAUUACAUUUAAUCAACUUGUUUUUUUUCCCAAACUAUUAAAACUUCCAUUAGAAGUAACAUUUAAAAACUAUCCACAAACUAAACUUAUAUUGUGAGCUUUCCUUAUUAAUUAUCAUUAUUAUUAAAAUAAUUAUAUAAAUGAGUUAUGUUGAAAUUGCAUUGUUAAUCUUUGUUUUUCUUAACAAUAACAACAAUAACAGAAGGGUAAAGAGAGAACAGAGAUAUUCAAGCAAUGAGUGAAUAAAUACAAACCAAACCUGACCAACAAACACUUUUCUCUUCCUUCACUCCCUUCUCUUUUCUUUAAUUCUCCUUAGAUACAAGUUUGGCAGCAUCCAUGGUGCCGGCACCAUCAUUGGAAAUGGAUGGGUUAUGAGCCUCACUACCUCUUUUUUCCCCCAUUUUACUGCCCCUAUAUUCUCUACAACCUUUCUUGUGUUGGGGUUAGAAAAUCAACUUAAAUUUGCAUCCUUUUGUAUUGACCCCUUGUCCAAUGUGCAGUCCUAUGGUCCAUUGCCAUAUGACUUUUAAGCAUGGGGGAAACCGAAAAUGAAGAUGUUAUAAAAAAAAGUUGUGGGGACACUAGGCAUGAAAAGAGUACUACUUGGACUGCAUUUAAGUGCUAUCUAGAUUCCUCAACCAACAAACACUGAGCGACCAUUAAAUCAAAGAAAUCUUUCCUUUAAUCAAUGACAAUUGUUUAGCUUUGAGUUCAAAACAAAUAUCUAUGGUGAAAAAAAACAAAAAAAAAAAUCUUUCAUUUAUUUAUAAAGUAAAUCAAUAUACAUCAGAAUAAUUCCAUUAGAAAAGACUAGCACACCAACAGCUACAGAAGAAAUAAGAUUUAACAUUACUAUUCCCUGGUGAGGUUCAGAGCACUGUUAGCUUGUAAUGCUAGCAUGGGAAGAAAAGAAAAAAAAAAAAAAAUAAAUAAAUAAAUAAAUAAAAAAAAAAAAAAAAAAAAAAA